GAUCCAGAGGUAGAGCUCCCAAUCUCAGACAACACUCCUGCCCCAGUUCUGCCUCCACGCAGAGCCACAUCGGGUGAUAAUGAAGGGGCUCCACCCAUCCCCCCACACAGGGCCUUGAUCUGUGGUAAUGAAGGAGCUCCAGCCAUCCCUCCACACAGAGCGGACCGAGAUUGAUUGUGAUGAAGGGACUCCCCCACCUCCACUUCCUCCUCUCUUAGCCCCUGAGGAUAUUGAUUAUUGAUGACGAUGGUCAUACGUUGACAUAGAGUCGUUAGUUAGUCAUACGAGGAUCUGUAAAACUACAGCAUUUGUUGUGUUUAUCUUUGACUGUACUAUAUGAGUAUUCUCAGCUGCCUAUGAUAA